CACUUCAUUGUGUGCGAGUAUCCGAGAGCAGUGCCUCGCUUUUCUCUCGGCCGGGACUGGCUGCUCUUUUUAAAAAGGAGUUGUUGGGCAUUCCCCAGCCUCUGAUCACAUGGUGACUGCUCCAACAACAAGAGUGGGAGCAGAAAGCGAUCGGUGCCUGAGAACUGAGUUACCGAAGUGCCUGGAGUGUGUGUGUGAGAGAGAGAGAAGAGGACGGGUCUCGGGCACUGAGCUCGGAACCCCCUCCUUCAGCAGCCCCCCGCCUCUUCUUCUUGUUGUUGUGUCGGACGGCGGAGAUGCGAGAGGGUGGCCGGCCGGUCAGCCGGAGCUGGGAGCCCGGCUUCCAGGCUGAAGAGGGACCGAGCUCUCGGGGUUUGACGAGGGUCAGGGAGACGGCGCCAUGAAUCCCCCUCUGCUGACUGGCCUGGCCGGGAUGUGGUUGCUGCUGCUGCUGCUGGCCGCCCUGGCUCUCCUCUUUUUCCCGGCUGUCCCUGGCCAAGCCGCCUCCGGUGCGCCGAGCCGAGCGAAAAGUUUGCGAACUCUGCUCGCCGUUCCCGCGGCGCCGACGAGGAGGCCCCCAGCCGGAGGGGCGCUCUCCCGAGACGUGCCGCGGACUGGUGGCCUGGACCGCUCUCCGGCCGCCGGCUUCUCCGAGUCGCACGUCAAGCGCUGGCAGCUGAAAGCCCGCUCCUCCCGCCUGGUCUCCCUGGAGCCGGGCUGCGGGAGGUUGUCCAACAGGCUGGCCAUCUUCUCGGACGGAACCAGAGCCUGCCUCAGGUAUGGCAUCAACCCCGACCAGGUGCUCGGCGAGACCCUCUCGUUCUAUCUCUCCAGGCUCCUGGGUAUUCGCAACGUGCCGGCCCUGGCUCUGUCCAGGGUCAACACCAACGCCGAGCAGUGGCUGGGGGUGAGGCGCGACGUUCAAGACUCCCAGUGGGCGGAUAGACCCAUCGUCAGUCUGACCGAGUGGAUCAGCGACCUCAGCGACGUGGUGACCCCGCCAUCCCUUCGGACAGCAGCAAGGACGCUGUCCCCCAGCCUGGAUAAUGUGACAAGCCGAGAGCUGAUGGAGCUUGUGCAAUGGUCAGACCUCAUCCUCUUCGACUACGUGACCGCCAACUUCGACAGACUGGCCAGCAACCUGCUGAACCUGCAGUGGGACUCCAGGGUCAUGGAGAGGUCGACCAACAACCUCCAGCGGACUGCGAAGGGGGCUUUGGUUUUUAUCGACAAUGAGGCGGGACUCGUCCAUGGCUACCGGGUGCUGCCCAUGUGGGACCAGUACCACGAAGCACUCCUGAAGACCAUCUGCAUCUUCCGGAAGGAAACCGCCAGGAAAAUCGCCGAGUUGCACAAGUCCCAGGAUGUUGCCCAGCAAUUACUGGAUCUGUACAGGAAUAGGUGCCUGCACAGUGCAAGAUGGAUGCAAUAUGGAAGGCUUCAUCAAUUCAGUUCCUUUUCAUCACAUCUUGCCAAACAUCCAUUCCAGAUAUUCUUCAGUCUUUGAAUGGAGAAUCUUCUACAAUCAACAGCUUAAAACUGUAUUUCCCUGUCCUACUUCCACGGCUCAACCAGAAUUGAUAUUUCAGCCAUUAUACCAUGAUUCUAUUUUCAGUCUUUCACAAUUCCAGGACAUUUCCUGAAGAUUGAAGAAUAUAGGUUUCUCUAGUUCUUGGUAAUGAAAUCCUCCAACACUAGGAAUCAAACUUGUGGCCCUUCUCUGGGUGACAGUGUUUACUGUCUUGAAACAUUCCUAAGGUCUACUCCACCUCAUGGUUACUCCAAACUAGAUCUAAAAGUGUCAUCUCACUUUAGGAGGAUUUUCUGUGGUCACAAUGUUAGCGACAUCAUGAACAUUAUGGAAAGUUUUUUUAUGUUUGUUAUUUCUGGUGAAAUAUUAUUAAAUUAUAAUCUUUAUAAUUUUACUCAAAAUAGUGCUCACAUGUCACCAAUGCAUGUUGAUUGUUGAAAGUCUUUCUCCAACAAUUGAAUAGCUACCACUUCAAUCUUGAAGUCUCCAGGUCACUUUACACAGACUCAGACUGUGGUGGAAUCCGCAAUGUGUAGCUGACAUAUGACAUCUUUUACCAGUCUAUCUACACACCGCUCAGCACCAAGCCCUUUCUUUAAUGAGAAGCCAUUUAUAUUUGAAGUCUGUGGCAAUGUAUAACUUUUAUUUAAAUUUCUGCAGUAGCCAUUUGAUGUCAGUGGAAAAGUGAAACUUUGUUUAUUAUUCACAAUUGUACAACAUUUCUCUAAUGCACCUUAUAUUUUGUUAAUACGUUUUUAAGGAUGUCUGAAUUAUUGUAUUAAGAUAUUGGAAGGCUUUAUCAAACUAAAAUGCCACGCAUUAAAAUAA